AUGGCCACUGUCGCCGAAACGGUCAAGGAGUCCCUCUUGGGUUCCACCCUUCCAACCAACCUUUCCACCGAAUCCAAAGCCACCUUCCUGAAGUACGCUCAACGGGGUGAGGAUGAUGAGCUGUACAUGAAUGAGGAGGAUUUCAUCAACGCCGUUGCUCCCCCGGAAGAAGAUUAUCACAAGAUCAAGAGAGAACAAUAUGGUAUCCUCUUUGGUGUCGCAGAUCGUCACAGACGCGGAAAGAUCUCCAUGUCCGAAUGGGCUUCCUUCGAUAACCUCCUGGCAAAGUCCGACGCUGAAUACGAAAUCGCAUUCAGACUCUUUGACACUGAUGGGACCGGUUCCAUAAAGGCUGAUACCUUCCAAAAGAUAUACGAUCAGAACCGUGGUCAAGACAGCAUCCCGUUUGACUUCAACUCGGAAUGGGCCUCUUUGUACAUCGGUGGCAAGCAACGACGACAUGAAAUGACCUACCCACAAUUUGCCCAGAUGAUGCGUGGCCUGCAAGGUGAACGGAUAAGACAAGCCUUCCAUCUAUAUGACAAGGAUAAAGAUGGAUACAUUGACCCUGAAGACUUUGAGCGCAUCAUCCGAGCCACUGCAGGACAUAAGCUUUCUGACCAUCUCUUGGAGAACUUACCUACCCUCUGCAACAUCUCGACUGGCACAAAGAUUUCAUAUGCCAACGUCCGCGCCUUCCAAAAUGUCAUUCGUGAGAUGGACUUGCUUGAUCUAAUCAUCAGAAACGCCACCGCCAAAUCCGGCGACGGCAGGAUCGAUCGAACAGACUUCCUUAAUGAGGCUGCUAGACUGACACGAUUCUCGCUGUACACUCCAAUGGAGGCUGACAUUCUCUUCCACUUUGCUGGCUUGGACACCCCAUCUGGAAGAUUGGCCCUCGACGACUUCGCAAAAGUGUUGGACGCAAGCUAUCAAACAGCUGGCGCCAAGCUAGGUGCGAUGACUGAUGUCGCAGAUCGAGCAGUGUCGAAGUCUCGGCAGUUCUUCUUGAGUAUGCUUGAAUCAGCUCAUCAUUUCGGUCUGGGCAGUAUUGCUGGUGCUUUUGGCGCCUUCAUGGUGUACCCCAUUGAUCUGGUCAAGACUCGUAUGCAAAAUCAGAGAAGUUCCCAUCCAGGUUCAAGGCUGUAUGAGAAUUCACUUGAUUGUGCUCGGAAAGUUAUCAAGAAUGAGGGUUUCCGUGGCCUGUACUCCGGUGUGCUCCCUCAAUUGGUUGGUGUGGCGCCAGAGAAGGCCAUCAAACUCACAGUAAACGACCUUGUGCGUGGAAGGUUCACAGACAAACAGACUGGGACCAUUCCUUUGAAGUUUGAGAUUCUGGCAGGUGCUUCGGCUGGUGGUUGUCAAGUGGUCUUCACCAACCCUCUCGAAAUCGUCAAAAUCCGUCUUCAAGUCCAAGGAGAAUUGGCUAAGAAAGCCGACGUCCCCAAACGUAGUGCGAUGUGGAUUGUCCGUAACUUGGGUAUUCUUGGUCUCUACAAAGGUGUCACAGCGUGUUUGCUUCGUGAUGUUCCUUUCUCUGCUAUAUACUUCCCCACCUACAGCCAUUUGAAGAAAGACUUUUUCGGUGAAUCACCCACCAAAAAGCUCGGCGUCGUCCAGCUCCUCACCGCAGGCGCGAUUGCAGGCAUGCCAGCCGCAUACCUCACCACCCCAUGUGAUGUGAUCAAGACCCGACUCCAAGUCGAAGCCCGCAAGGGUGACGCCACCUACAAUGGUCUCAUCGAUUGUGCUCGCAAAGUCUACCGCGACGAAGGCUUCAAAGCAUUCUUCAAAGGCGGUCCUGCACGUAUCCUACGAAGUUCUCCCCAGUUCGGUUUCACCCUCGCCGCCUACGAAGUCCUCAGCACUAUGCUCCCAUUCCCCGGUUCGGAAGAGGCCGAAUUGCAGAAAUCCACCGCUGGAAAAAUGGAACCCGGUGUCGGUCUUAGAGAGGCCAAGGCACCGCUCCCCUACCUACGAAGCCGAAACGCCCUGAAGAUUCUACUCGAUUUGGACAAUAACUUUGGCCGUGUGCGAGUUCCUGAUGCCGCUGCUAGUGCGUGGAAGAAGCUACCUGGCUUUAACAAAGCUAAGUCUUCUUGA